UUCAUUCUAUAUAAAAGCGAUAUAUCUCCGAGGUUACUCACUUGCUAUUACAGGACAACACAGUAGUUCCAGGAUGGUGCAUGGAGUUUUGGUGUUCCUCGUGGCUAGUGUGGUGCUGGCUGCUGGAGAGAAGGUGCGCUAUGACGACUACCGCGUGUACCGGGUACUGCCAGCCAAUGUGGACCAGCUGCAGUUCCUCAAUGGGCUCACCAAGUACCACAGUGAUAUUUACUUCUGGAAGGAGCCUAGUGUCGUGAAUAUACCAGCCGAUGUUAUGGUAUCGCCUAAAAUGCAAGCCAGCUUCAUGGAGGGCCUAGAAGCAAAAGGCAUUGAGUCGUCCGUCUACAUCGAUGAUGUGCAGAGACUCAUCGACAACGAGAGACCAAUUCGAGAGCCCAAAGCAAGCUUCGCAUUCGAUGAUUACCAUAGCCUGGAGGAGAUCUACGCCUGGCUGGACACUCUGGUGGAAACAUACCCAGGUACAGUGACGACAGUCGUCGGUGGAAGCACGUACGAAGGUCGCGAAAUUAAAGGUGUGAAGAUCUCUUUUGGGGACGGUAACCCAGUAGCAGUCAUUGAGGGAGGCAUGCAUGCUUUGGAGUGGGCCACCGUAGCCUGUAUGUCGUGGUUCAUCAAUGAGAUCCUCACCACCGACAACUCGACAGUCAGGGACGUCAUCGAGCAGCUCGACUUCUAUAUCUUCCCCACCACAAACCCCGACGGGUAUCACUACACUUGGACUACAGACCGUCUUUGGCGCAAGAAUCGGCAGCCGAACCCGAACUCGACCUGCGUGGGCACCGACGUCAACCGCAACUGGGGCUUCCACUGGGGAGAGUACGACGCCAGUGAAGACCCAUGCGCCUACAACCACCGUGGCCCAGCCAAUUUCACCCAACAGGAAGUGAUUACGUUCGCGGAUUUCCUGCUGAGUUUCGGCGACGAACUGCUCUUCUAUUCAAAUUUCCACGCUUACACUCAAGUGCUCAUAUUCCCAUAUGGGGUUCCGAACGUUACUGCGGACAAUUACGACGAGCUGUACCAACUGGCUGAAAAGGGUCGCGAUGCUCUGAAGGUCAGAUAUGGCACGGAGUACACCAUUGGUAGCACACAAGAAGUUUUUGGUCCAACGACGGGCAACAGCAUCGACUGGAUGCAGGGCGUGGUCGGCAAGAGGUACAAUAUGGUGUGGGAGCUGAGGGACAAGGGCCAGUUCGGCUACUUGCUGCCUACGGACCAGCUGAUCCCCACGAGCGAAGAGGUCUGGGACAGCGUCGUCACCGUGCUGGCCGGCGUACUCGCCUCCUCCACAGCCGGCCCCUAGCCUCACUAACACGACACCUGUACACCGUGCAAAUAAAGCAGCUUACUACAGCCAGUCUGCGUCUCGUUAUAUUGCGCGAACGCUUGUCUUCUUUUUACAGGAAAUGCGUAGUUGAGUUUGUAUGUAUGUAGUCUUCCUCAGCGCUUUGGAAAAGGUUAUUUGUCCGAUCACGAACAGGCUUUCAGCUUCUCAGUCAAUGCACUCACAGAUAUUGCUGAUACAGAAGAUACAUAAAAUGUGCAGAUACGAAGUUAUUUAUAAAGGAAAAAUAUUAUUUCUUUAUGUCACAUGAGCAUUGUAACAUUUAACAUUAAAAUUGACAUUUUUAAUUUAUGUGAAGUCAUUACAUUUAA